AUGUCACAGUUCGAAACCAAUGCUUAUAGCAUUCCAUCAAACAUGGUUAACAAUAAUACAAACAAUAGUAGUUCAUUCUUUGACUUUGAAACUGCUGAUGAAUUUUUAGAUUGUAUAUCUGGUACAUUACCACAUCAACAACAACAGGGACAAUCAACUGAUGAUCAUUUACAAGCAGAUCAAAUCAACAAUAUUAUAAAUGCAUCCAGUUUAUAUUCUCCAUUAAGUAUGGAUGGAGAUGAGAAACCAAACAGUAAUAAUCAUUAUACAAAUGGCCCUAGUGCUACAAGUUAUACUUCUGAUAAUUCUUUAGAUUGGAAUGAUUAUAAUAAUAAUGUAAUGGUUGAUAAUGAAUUAGAACAAAUCUUAUCUGGUACUUCCAAUCAUUCAACUAGUUCUCCCUAUGAUGAUAUUACUCCUGUAUCUAAUCCAUCAUAUGGUUCUUCAACUUAUACUUCACCUGAACCAUUACAUGUCAAGGGAGAACCUAGUCAAGAAACUUUACAACCACCAUCUGGGAAAAAUGGAAGAAAGAAAUCAACUAGCAAGAAAUCUAAUGGAGGUAUCACUAAACCGAAAUCAAAAGAUAAGAAUUCUCAUAAUAUGAUUGAAAAGAAAUAUAGAACCAACAUUAAUUCAAAAAUAGUUGCAUUAAGGGAUGCAGUACCUUCAUUAAGAAUUGCAGCUGGUUCGAAUGAUGUAAGUGUAGCUGAUUUGGAAGGAUUAAGUCCUGCUUCUAAAUUAAAUAAAGCAAGUGUUUUAACUAAAGCUACUGAAUAUAUCAAACAUUUAGAAAAUAAGAAUGCUAUGUUAAAGGAAUCGAAUUAUAGAUUACAAAGAAUGAUACAGGAAGCAAGUUUGAGUGUAGUUCAAGCACCUAUUCAAAUACCGCCACCUCCUAUGCAUCCACAACAACAACAUGUACCAUUACCACCACAAGCACCGCAACAACAGGAACCAAUACCCACACAUCAAGAGUUCUUUCACCCACAACAACAACCACAACAAUUCAACACUAGCCCACAUAUUCAACAACAACAACAACAACAAUUCCAACCCCAAUUCAUUGCACAAACCCAGCAAGUCCAAGCACAACAACAGGCACAACAGCAACAACAACCCAAUAAAUUCUUAUUGGGAGGUAUGGCUGCUGUUAUGGGUACUUCAUUAUUUGGAGGAAGUGGAGAGAAUGAUUUCCGUAGUUUGGCUGCAUUACCAUUUUCUCACUUGUUUCCUAAUGCUUUACUUCAUCCAAGUCCCUUGACUAUAAGUUUAUGGAAUUUCACUAAGGUGUUAUUAGUAAUUGGUAGUUUGGCAAGUAUUGUUCUACCUAUUCUUGCACAAGCUGGUAAGAAAGUUGACGAGAAGAAGAAGAAGGAAAGUGGAGAUGAUAUUGAUAAUGGAGAUGUGUUUACCAAUUGGUUGUUGAUCAAGUUUGGGUUUAAAUUACCUCAUAAAUUAUCGAAAAAUAGACGUGAUUCAAUUAUGUAUCAUUUAACUAGUGGAUCUAAGUUUUCUUGGAAUUCAUUAAUUAAUGAUUAUUUUUAUUUAAGUAAUUGUGAAUUGGAAUUUGAAACUUGUUUUUUGACAUUAUUAAUUGGCAGAUUGUUAUUGGAUAAAUAUCCAAUGUCAAAAACAUUGAUUAAUCAUCUGUUAAUAAUCAGAGGUUCUUUAAUACCUAAUCUUAAUUAUAAAGGUUCCGACGAUGGGUUAACCAAGCUUAAUAAGUUAAUUAAAAACAUUGAUGGAAUUUCGAUGUUUGGUAGCAAGCCAUUAAUUACAAGAUUAAAGAAUGUUGCCCAAGCUAAUUUGGUUAAUUCUCAAUUGGUUAAUGAUAUACGAUACAUCAAAUUAUAUCAAGAAUCAUCGGGAUAUUAUGAAAUGAUUUAUAAUUUCAGAAUGGCUGAAUUGAUUGAUGAAUUGAAUUAUACAUAUCUUGAUUCUCUUGCUUCUAAGGAUGAAAAAUUACAAGAACAACUUGUAAAGGAUUUAGAAUCACUUGUGAAGAAUGUUGAGAAAGAUGAUGCUGUAUUUGAAUAUUGUCGUUUAUUUGAUGCUGUUGUAAAUAAUAAUGCAAAAGAUUUAUUCAAUGAUUUGAAAGAAAAAGUUGAGAAUCAAUUACAAAGAUUCAAAGUUGAAAUGGAAGGUGUUGAAUUAACCGAUCAUGAAAUUUAUAACACUUCCGAUGAAGAAGCUCAAGAUAGUGACAAUGAUUCAGUUAUACUCCCACCAAAACCAAAACCUUCAUUAUCUAGUCAAAAAUCAUUAAUUGAUUCAUUAGAUAUAAUUUCUCAAGAAGAAUUUAUAAUUUUAACUUGUGAAUUUAUAUUACAUUUCAAAUCAAAUGAUCAAGUUUCAAAAUUAUUAAAAUAUUUAUCCAAAAUUGAAAAAUUCAAUGUUUUAUCAUUUACUGCUUUGUUUAAACUUACGGUUGAAUUGAAUGAGAUUGAUGAUAAUUUGAUUAGGAUAUGUCGUGGAUGGUUGGAUGAUUCAGAAGUAUUGGAUGGAGAAUUAAAGAAUGAGAUUGUGGAUGUUGUGGUUAAGAAGGGAAUGAUCUUGAAUGGGGUUGUUCUUGAAGAGAAUUAA